UUAGUUAUACAUAUACAAAAUUUGUUAGAGAAAACACGUCUCUCUAUAACACUUUAGAAUAAAAUACUUCUAUAUUCUAUAGUUGUUUAAAAAUGGUCACUAUAGAAAUUGUGCCAAAACGAAGACGCUGGUAUCAAAAACUUUAUCUCAAGCAAAUUGGUUCUGUUUUAUUCCUUGCGUGUCUGAUUUGCGUUUUAAUCUAUAAUGUAUGCUGGAUUCUAAGUGAUGUACAGUCCAAAAUCGAGAGCUUCUGUGUAGAUUAUUUCGACAAUGUAACUAAUAAUUGUAAUUACGAUCUGUCAAUCCAUGCCGGACUACAGAAUAAGGUCGAUGAUGCGGCGGCACAAAGCGCUCUUUCUCUAAGAAAUAUCACUUGGGUUCUGAUGUACAUCAAGAAUGGAACCAGCUAUUUAUUUUCAUGAUGAACAAAAUCUAAUUUUGAAGAUAAAAUUUGGCAGUAUAAAUACAGUAAAAUAUUGUAUUUGUUAUUAUAUUUAUUAUCAAAGUGACUGAAAUAUGUGGACUUUUUGGACAUUUUUUUGGACUUAUUUUUAAAGCAAAUAAAA